AUGGACGACUCCUCAAUAUCUCCUCCCUACAGCUACCGACACUCACUACAGCCGUGGGAUGUAGCCACCCAGACGGUGUGUCUCGCCGUGAGCACUCUCUGCAUCGCCAUGCGCCUCUAUUCCAAACUCCAUAUCACAAAGGCCCCGGGGUGGGAAGACUUGACUUGCUGUCUGGCUUGGCUCGGCUUGAUAGGAUACGCCAUCCUCGCCUUCGAGGCGGACAGACAUGGAAGUGGCGUCCAUCAGUGGGAAGUAGACGCCUCUGACCUGCGCCAGUUCUCCAAACUGGCAAACGCAUCGCAGAUCCUCUACGGCCCCUUGAUCUUCGUGACCAAGCUGUCCAUCUUCCUUCUCUACGUGCGGGUCUUCGCCCCAUCCCCCAAAUGCAACCCGUUCUGGUUCAUCCAGCUCAUCAUCGCGUUGAACCUUCUGUUCUACUUCGCCGACACUGUCGUGAAGAUCUGCGAAUGCACCCCCCGCGCCAGGAUCUGGGAUAAAGAUGUCCCCGGCCAUUGCAUCAACAUUAAUAUCCCGAUCUUGGUGACCUCCAUCGUGAACGUCGUAUCCGAUAUCAUCAUGCUCCUGAUGCCUAUCUUGUGUGUAUGGCGUCUGCAGAUAACGGUGCGCAGGAAGCUAGGCAUCUCGGCGAUAUUCGCAGCGGGCAUCUUCGGGUGCAUUUCCAGCGUGAUGCGACUCGCAGUCAGUAUAGGAAACAGAUACUCAACCGACAAGACAUAUGACUGGUUUCCCGAGUUCCUGUGGACUACAGCGGAAAUCACAUCCGGAAUCCUCGCAAGCAGCCUUCCCGCCCUCCCCACCUUCUACAAGCACACCUCCCAAAAAGCGAAAACGCUCGUGAGGAGCAUCAGCACGGGGAGCUUCUCGACCUUCAUGAAGAAAUCGGUCAGCACCGGCAAUAGAUCCGGAUCCGAAGCCGUCCAUCAGCCUGCGGUGCGCCGCCCGUGGCAGGGGGACCCCAGCAGGACUAAUUUGGUGGCCGGGAGUGACUGGGAGAUGGCGGAGAUCGGGCCUUUCCAGGGGACGUGCUAUACGACUGCCGAAGCUACUGCGGAGAGAGAUGGGGAGCGAGGGUUCCACUCGAAUGUAGAUAGUCUCCGAGGCCGGGACGGCGAGAGAUGCGAGCCGCGGGAUGGCAUUCUCAAGAUCGUGGAAGUCGAUGUGGAAUCGGGACCUGGGGGGAGGACAUGA